GACAGUAAUGGGCACCGGGAACCACACCACAGUGAUGGAGUUUAUUCUGUUGGGGCUGACCAGCCAGCAGAACCUGCAGGUUCCUCUAUUUGCUCUGCUGCUGACAUUCUACAUGACAUCACUGAUUGGUAACAUCCUCAUAAUAUGGAUAAGCCUUGUCAGCACCCGGCUCCACACACCUAUGUAUUUCUUCUUGAGAAACCUAUCCUUCUUAGAUAUCUGGUACACGUCCAGCAUCAUUCCCAAUAUGCUCAGAAACCUUUUAUCAUUGGACAAGAGCAUUUCAUUUAAUGCUUGUGCCACCCAGAUGUUUAUCCCUCUCUCUCUAGGAGGGACUGAGUGCUAUCUCUUGCUAUCAAUGGCCUAUGACCGGUAUGCAGCUAUAUGCAGCCCCUUACAUUACACUACUACUAUGCAUCCCAUCUUGUGCAUUAGGUUGGCAACUGGGUCUUGGUUGGGAGGUAUAAUAAACUCAGCAAUACAUACAUGUUUUGCAUUAUGGCUGCCUUACUGUGGUCCUAAUGUAAUUAAUAAUUUUUUAUGUGAGGUGCCUUCCGUAUUGGAGCUAGCCUGUGCUGAUGCCUCUGUCAAUAAGAUCGUUAUCUUUGUAUGUGCCAUCUUUGUUGUCAUGGGACCAUUUGUACUAAUCAUAGUCACUUACUGCUACAUCAUUUCCAGCAUUAUAAAGAUAAGUACAUCCGAGGGACAGAGAAAGGCCUUCUCCACUUGUGCUUCACACAUUAUUGUGGUGUCCUUGUUUUAUGGCACAAUUAUAUUUAUGUACAUGAGGCCUGGGGCAAUCUAUGUAUCUAACCAAGACAAGAUAGCCACUUUGUUCUACACUGUUGUAACCCCAAUGCUGAAUCCUCUGAUCUACACUUUGAGAAACAAGGAUGUAAAAGGAGCAAUGACUGAUAUUAUAAGAAAAAUGAGUAUAACGUAAAGACUAUAACAUGGAAUAAAAUCAUACAAUGGUUUACAUACAAGUCUUCCAUCAUAUAUCUCACGCUGUCUAACACUGCUCUGUGAGCCUCUAAGCCAUUAUGAUUAUAAAUAUACAAAGUACCUACACACAGUGAUGCCAGACAUUAUGGGUGGGUUGCAAGACACUUCGCAUUUUGAAU